AUGACAGUGGACAAACUUCUCUCAGGUGCCAAAAUGACACGAAUGGGUUUAAUCUUCCUGCUGAUGAGUAACGCCCUGCCAGUUUCCUCACAGUUUAAUGGCUACAACUGUGAUGCCAGCUACCACAGCAGGUAUCCAGGUGAAAGGGACAUCAGUGUGUACUGCGGGGUUCAGACCAUCACCUUGAAGAUCAACUUCUGUCCCGUUCUCUUCUCCGGCUACACAGAUGCAGAUUUGGCCCUCAACGGCCAUCACAGUGAAGCCCAGUGUCGUGGCUUCAUCAAUAACAACACCUUCCCCACAGCAGUUCUCUUCAGCAUCAGCCUCAGCACUCUGGAGGCCUGCGGCAACAGCCUGGUGGUCAGCACAGCCUAUGGGCCCAAUGCCUAUGGGAACAUGUCUCUGGUACAAAUUGGGAAUAUAUCAGGCUACAUCGACACCCCUGACCCACCGGCUAUAAUCAGCUAUCUGCCUAGUUUGUUGUAUAAAUUCAGUUGCAGCUACCCGCUGGAGUACCUGGUCAAUAAUUCACAGCUGGCAUCAUCCUCUGCAGCUGUGUCUGUCAAAGACAACAACGGUACUUUUGUGAGCACGCUCAGUAUGAUCCUGUACAAUGAUUCAGCAUACAAUCAGCCUCUCUCUAUCCCGAUGGCUGGACUGGCUCUGAAAACCAGGGUAUUUGCUGCUGUGAAAGCCACAAACUUAGACAAACGGUGGAACAUUUUGAUGGACUACUGUUACACAACCCCCUCAGGGAAUCCUAAUGAUGAACUCCGCUAUGACCUUUUCUUUGGUUGCUAUAAAGAUCCCCAGACAACAGUUUUGGAGAAUGGGAAGAGCCAGAUGGGACGUUUCUCCUUUGAGGUUUUCCGUUUCAUUAAACACAGACACCAGAAGAUGUCAACUGUGUUUCUGCACUGCGUCACCAAACUUUGCCAGGCCGAUGACUGCAUCAUGUUAAUGCCUAUCUGUGGACGGCGACGCAAGAGGGAUGAAGAGGAAACCCUUGAUUCAACGCCAGUGGCAUCAGGGAACGCCAUCCUCUCUGCUGGUCCAAUCAUUACCAGGAGUGAUGAAACUCCUGUCAACAACUCCCAGCUUGCCCCUGGAGGCCUCUCCCAGCCAAUGAACCCAGUGACCAGUGCUCUGAUCUCAGGUGUGGUCAUCCUGGGUGUGGCCAGUGUGGGCUUGUUCCUGCUGUUGCUCCGCCUCGUGCUGAAGCCCCGCCUCCCAACGGCAGCAGCCCCAGGUGUAUGGAAUCCAAGCUUUAAAUGA